GCUCAGUAAGCUUUUACUGAAUAUCAGCUGAUGAUGAAAAGCUUGGGAUCUGGCUGCCGUGAGUACUCACAUUACAAUUAGCAUUUCCAUUUUCAAAUGUUCAUCUUGUUAGCUUUUUGUAAACUAUUGUAAAUCAAACUCAAGUUAUAGGCCACUUCCACUCCUACUCUUACUGACACUUUUGCUACCACCUAUACUCCCACUCCAUCUCCCACCCCUACUCCCACCCCUACUCCCACCCCUUCUCCCACCCUACUUCCACCCUACUCCCACCCCUACUCACCCCCUCUCCCCCCCCUACUCCCACCCCUACUCCCACCCCUACUCCCACCCCUACUCCCACCCCUACUCCCACCCCUAUUCCCACCCCUACUCCCACCCUUACACCCACUUCUCCCCCUCCCCCACCCCAAUGAACAGAUAUAAACUCUAACUUUCCUCGAUAUUUUCACCGCAUUGGAACAGGGGCGUGUCAUCUCUCAACACGGCGUAGUAGAGUGGGCGUGCUGCUGUGCCUUGGUUCCUCCUCGAUCGUCCUCUUUUCGACUCUGGUCUACAUGAACCAAGCGCACAUGAGCUUCCAGAAGGACUUGUCCCACAGCGACCCACCAGACCCAACUACUAUAUGCAUUGACAUCCAGCAAAAUUCCCUGGACGAGUCCACUUUAAACGUUUCCAGACUCCCUAGUGGUCAGUCUACGCAGGACGGUCAAGGGGAUGAUUUCACUGCCAACAAUGAAGACGUCGAAUCUUUCAUAGAAACUGUUCCCUGUAACUUCUCCCAGAUCAACAAGAGUCUGCCAGUUGCGGGACAGAAAGGACAGCAGAACACCAGCAGUCCAUGUCCGGACACGCCACCAUUUCUGGGUACGUCAUCAACCAACCACGCCUUUUUGUCUCCUGUCAUAUCGUUGCUAGUGCUAUUCUCAAAGUAAAUGUGUGUGGUGAGAUGACUUUUAUAUAAGGGGUGUAAGAACAACUCUCUGAUGAGUGUUACACCUGCUUAAGUCUAGGGGUAUUAGGUUAUGUCGAUUUCAAACACGAAUGGACAUAAUGACAUACUCAUUUUUACCUUAACUACCAAAUACUUUAUAACACCAUUUAGUAAAUAAAAUGACUUAUUUAUUUACAUAUAUAUGGCAUAAUCGUGAAUUAUAUUCAAAACAACUUUCAUUUGGAAUCUAUCUAAGCUCUGGUCUAUUAUUAUCAAUGGCCUCCCGUAUAGCCCAUGUAUCAUCAUAAAGAUUGCUUUGUAUCUCAAUUGUAUAAACUCAGUCCUUUCACACUUAACCUAUCAGUCACUGGUGCUGAUCAUCUGGCUUGAACAUCAGACUUGAACAUCUGACUUGAUCAUCUGGCUUGAACAUCUGACUUGAUCAUCUGACUUUAACAUUGACUCGAUCAUCUGACUCGAACAUCUGACUUGAUCAUCUGACUUUAACAUUUGACUUGAUCAGUCAAUAGCAGUAUGUGUAGGGGGCUCCUCCGAUUCUUUACUCCGUGGCUUUUCAAGGCGAUCACGUGGGUGGGCUGACAGAGCGGCAAACUAUGAGCAGCUCCGAUGAUCUUGUUAGAUCUUGCAUAAUAGUGAGAUCACUUCAACGUAGAAGUGGAUUCUCUGGUCCUGUCCUUCGUGACUUCUUUGGGCGUUCACGCAAGGGGACUAAACAACAAAACGAUGUAAUAGAAUUACUUCAAGGGUGGAAGUGAAUUCUUUAAUUAUUUACCCCGUGGCUUUUGAAGGCGUUCACGCAGGUGGAUGAUAGCAGUCACAACUGUAAUAUCUGGUAUUAUUCUUCCCCAGUACGCUGUGGUCGGUGUACGUAAGACUUCUCUUUAGGAGUAAAGUCCAUCAGCACGCGGUCCUUUGGUUGCAAGCGAUGAAUUGGUCUUCCGGAGGUGGCACCUGGGCGGGGUUCGUAGACUCAGGCCUCAGUAAACCGAUUCCUCAACUCAGCUGCUUAGGUGCGGUCGACUGUACUGCAAUAGCGCGGCGAUCUACCAACCAGGAUAUAUGUGAAUGAUGAUAAAAGAAAAGAAGUGAAAAAUUUCUCCAAUAUUCUCGAGCUAACAAAUCUCUCUCCAAAGGCAACGAAUUUAGAUCGAUGUGUCAAAGGAGGUAUAAUUCUGACAAUGUUAAUAUCCAUUCUGGAUGGCAUUAUUCAUCUUCACCAUUGUCGGCGCAAGCAUGGAUGGCUAGGUUCUAAGUAGGUCGUCGUGAGUACAUGGACAUUUUUAUGUCGGCUCCAUUUCGUCACAAUGUGAAAAAGUUGGUUUCACUGGAAAGCUAUUCUGUGUGGGUCGAUUGCGUGGGUCCACUAGGAAGCUAUUAUGUAAGGUGAAAAUAGGAAGCUAUUAUGUGUGGGUCGAUCGAGAAGCUAUUAUGUGUGGGUAGAUUGAGAAGCUAUUAUGAUUAGAUCGAUUGGGAAGCUUCGCCUAGGAAGCUAUUGUGUGUGAGUUGUCACAUUUCUAUGUUUGUAACAUGGAAGCAUUUAUCGCUGUGAUUGUACAGUAAGAAAAUGUACACAAUGAAUAGUACACAAUGAAUAGUACACAAUGAAUAGUAAACAAUGAAUAGUACACAAUGAAUAGUAUACAAUGAAUAGUACACAAUGAAUAGUACACAAUGAAUAGUACACAAUGAACAGUACACAAUGAAUAGUACACAAUGAAUAGUACACAAUGAAUAGUACACAAUGAAUAGUACACAAUGAAUAGUACACAAUGAAUAGUGCCUCUGUUAAAAUAAGGAGAUUCUAUCAAAUGAUGGUCUUUAAAAACAGUCUGUACCCGUAGAUAAUGACGGGUGUUUUAAAAUUAUGGAACAUGUUACACUUCAGUGAAUACAAACUCUAAUUCUCUACAGACCAUGUGGACUGUCUCCUAAAAACUUCUCUACAGACCAUGUGGACUGUCUCCUAAAAACUUCUCUACAGACCAUGUGAACUGUCUCCUAAAAACUUCUCUACAGACCAUGUGGACUGUCUCCUAAAAACUUCUCUACAGACCAUGUGGACUGUCUCCUAAAAACUUCUCUACAGACCAUGUGGACUGUCUCCUAAAAACUUCUCUACAGACCAUGUGGACUGUCUCCUAAAAACUUCUCUACAGACCAUGUGGACUAUCUCCUAAAAACUUCUCUACAGACCAUGUGGACUAUCUCCUAAAAACUUCUCUACAGACCAUGUGGACUAUCUCCAAACAACUUCUUUACAGACCAUGUGGACUAUCUCCUAAAAACUUUUCUACAGACCAUGUGGACUAUCUCCUAAAAACUUCUCUACAGACCAUGUGGACUAUCUCCUAAAAACUUCUCUACAGACCAUGUGGAAUAUCUCCUAAAAACUUCUCUACAGACCAUGUGGAAUAUCUCCUAAAAACUUCUCUACAGACCAUGUGGACUAUCUCCUAAAAACUUCUCUACCGACCAUGUGGACUGUCUCCUAAAAACUUAUCUACAGACCAUGUGGACUGUCUCCUAAAAACUUAUCUACAGACCAUGUGGACUGUCUCCUAAAAACUUCUCUACAGACCAUGUGGACUGUCUCCUAAAAACUUCUCUACAGACCAUGUGGACUGUCUCCUAAAAACUUCUCUACAGACCAUGUGGACUGUCUCCUAAAAACUUCUCUACAGACCAUGUGGACUGUCUCCUAAAAACUUCUCUACAGACCAUGUGGGCUGUCUCCUAAAAACUUCUCUACAGACCAUGUGUACUGUCUCCUAAAAACUUCUCUACAGACCAUGUGGACUGUCUCCUAAAAAAUUCUCUACAGACCAUGUGGACUAUCUCCUAAAACUUCUCUACAGACCAUGUGGGCUGUCUCCUAAAAACUUCUCUACAGACCAUGUGGACUGUCUCCUAAAAACUUCUCUACAGACCAUGUGGACUAUCUCCUAAAAACUUCUCUACAGACCAUUUGGACUGUCUCCUAAAAACUUCUCUACAGACCAUGUGUACUGUCUUCUAAAAACUUCUCUACAGACCAUGCGUACUGUCUCCUAAAACUUCUCUACAGACCAUGUGGGUUGUCUCCUAAAAACUUUUCUACAGACCAUGUGGACUGUCUCCUAAAAACUUCUCUACAGAUCAUGAGUACUGUCUUCUAAAAACUUCUCUACAGACCAUGUGAACUAUCUCCUAAAAACUUCUCUACAGACCAUGUGGCUUGUCUCCUUAAAAUUUCUCUACAGACCAUGUGGACUGUGUCCUAAAAACUUCUCUACAGACCAUGUGGACUAUCUCCUAAAAACUUCUUUACAGACCAUGUGGACUGUCUUCUAAAAACUUCUCUACAGAGCACGUGUACUGUCUCCUAAAAACUUCUCUACAGACCAUGUGGACUAUCUCCUAAAAACUUUUCUACAGACCAUGUGGACUAUCUCCUAAAAACUUCUCUACAGACCAAUACAGACCAUGUGGACUAUCUCCUAAAAACUUUUCUACAGACCAUGUGGACUAUCUCCUAAAAACUUCUCUACAGACCAUGUGGACUAUCUCCUAAAAACUUCUCUACAGACCAUGUGGAAUAUCUCCUAAAAACUUCUCUACAGACCAUGUGGACUAUCUCCUAAAAACUUCUCUACAGACCAUGUGGAAUAUCUCCAAACAACUUCUCUACAGACCAUGUGGACUAUCUCCUAAAAACUUUUCUACAGACCAUGUGGACUAUCUCCUAAAAACUUCUCUACAGACCAUGUGGACUGUCUCCUAAAAACUUCUCUACAGACCAUGUGGAAUAUCUCCUAAAAACUUCUCUACAGACCAUGUGGACUAUCUCCUGAAAACUUCUCUACAGACCAUGUGGAAUAUCUCCUAAAAACUUCUCUACAGACCAUGUGGACAAUCUCCAAAAAACUUCUCUACAGAGUAUGUGGACCGUCUCCUAAAAACUUCUCAACAGAGUAUAUGGACUAUCUCGUAAAACUUCUUUUCUGAGUGUGGUGAAAUCAUACUCUUUUUAAUUCUAUUCUAAAGCACAUAUAUUUUUGGUAAAUGUUGGAGCGUUUUCGAGAAAUGGGUCUUUACCAUAACACAUAUAAAGUACACCUCCAACUGUCUUGACCACAACACAUAUGAGGUCCACCUCCGACCGUCUUGAUCACAACACACAUGAGGUACACCUCCGACUGUCUUGAUCACAACACACAUGAGGUACACCUCCGACUGUCUUGAUCACAACACACAUGAGGUACACCUCCUACUGUCUUGAUCACAACACAUAUGAGGUACACCUCCGACUGUCUUGAUUACAACACAUAUGAGGUACACCUCCGACUGUCUUGAUCACAACACAUAUGAGGUACACCUCCGACUGUCUUGAUUACAACACAUAUGAGGUACACCUCCGACUGUCUUGAUCACAACACAUAUGAGGUACACCUCCGACUGUCUUGAUCACAACACAUAUGAGGUCCACCUCCGACUGUCUUGAUCACAACACAUAUGAGGUCCACCUCCGACUGUCUUGAUCCCAACACAUAUGAGGUCCACCUCCAACUGUCUUGAUUACAACAACGUUUGUUGCCACCCGGUGUGGUGAACUCAUGGUGUCGACCCCUUCCCUCGACUUCCACGAUAGUUUUCGUCCAAGUCCACAGUAUAACAAUGACAAGAACAUAAACAAACUAAUUAAAGGUCAUUUAAGAACUGUAACAACGUCCAGCUAUCUGCCUUUUUACUUAAAUUUACUUAAUUUAAUAUUGUCCUUUCCUGGUCUUCAAAGCUGAAUACCUGCCAAUGACUUGAUCAUCCUUCACCGAAUCACUUUCACUUGACAGUAGAGCCAUAUCAGAAAGCCUUGACUGUCCCGUAGUGAAUCGUACAUAUUUCUCAUGUCAUUCUCUUCUUAAGUCUUAAUCUUCUCUCUACCAAAAUUCCACAUUGGUCCAAUUUUAAAAGGGCCUUUUUAGAAGCAUGUCCCACCAAGUGACAGCACUUCUCGUGCAAAAACAAUCUUAAGGCCUCUAGGCUGGUCACCUCUUUCUCAAGAGUGAAGCCUUUAGUCUGCAGGUUGGUCAUCACUUUGUCAAGAGUAAAGCCUGUGUUUUUAUUACCUACAUAUAAGGUCAUCUCAAAUCUGACGCAUCAACCUUGAACUUUUUAUAAAGCACGCAUUUGGAUUCCAUGUGUGGAAUAUUGACGUGUGACCGGUCAUACUAUGAAAUUCGGUUAGGCCGAGCAGUAUGUGCUCUGUAAAUAUUCACUUUUUCAAUUUGGUGUCACCCCUAAGAUGCUGUCACCCGGUCCACUCCCAGCUACGCCACUGUGCACACGAACAACCAUUUGAAGGUAAUAGAAAUUAAUUUUUAAAAAGAAAGAAAGAAACAAGAGCUUUAACUAAGGAAAAAAAGAAAAAAAAAACAAAUCCAGCAUUUCCUCCGCAGUCAACAACAAUGGUAAAAACAGAAUUAAAAAAAAAAAUUGCACUUAACUGAAAAGUAAUUUCCCAGAGGGCUGCAAAAGAAUGGUGCAAACCUAAAUGUGGCAUACGCGACGGGAAUCGAAACAUUAUGGGAACCACUGAACAAGUUCAUUAAGAUACGGUGGACGAAAUAUUAGUGUAACACUGCUUCUAAAUGAGUGCUAUUUAAACGCUAUCUAACUAGUUCAUUUGUGAACAGAAAUGGCAAUAUUAUGACGAUAAUUCCUACACAAAAUUGCUGGAAAUUUUUACAGCAUUGGGUAAAAAGUCCUUUUUUUUUUUUAAAAAUAAUAUUUUUGCCGAUUCGAUUCAUGAACUAUUUUUUUAGCUAUUUCUGGACUCUCGGAGGGAGCUGAAAAUCAUUGCACGGGCUUUUGCUGAGAAAUAAGAUAAGACAAAUGGAAAUAAGACAAGCAAGUCGUCGCUGCCAAAAGUACGGACAAGCCGCACGACGAGUGGAAAGUACGACACAUACGAACACAUACGGACACAUACGGACAAAGGGGUUGAAAAUACAAACUGUCCGUACUAAAUGCGGACGUGUGGUCAACCUAUUAUACAUAAGUGAACAUGUCUUCCUUUGUGAGUUUGUUUGUUCCGCAUAGUUCUUACAUGGAUGGGUGGAUGGAUGGAUCUUGACCAAACUUGGCGCAUAUAUCCAUCUUUAUGUGGAAGGAAAGCCUGGGGGAUUAUAAACUUUGUAUAACUUUCCGUUUGGGGCCAGGGGACCUGGAUUCAAAGGCGUAACUAAGUGGGCAAGGGGGACAGAUGUCCCUUGACGCAGGCUAGUUGGGAGCGCCAAAAUGGGUUUUGAUAUAAUUUUUAUUGAUGGACAUAAUGGGUUUGAGAGUUGAAGAAAGAAAGAGAGGAGCUUUAAAAGGAAUUUUUUCCCUGGGCGCUAAUCACUCGAGCUGCACCUCUGCCUGAAUUCAUUUAUUUCUUUUAUAAGCUUAAAGAUAAAUAACAUAAAUAUAAAUAAAAUGACCAACAAAUACGUGUACAUGAAUUAAUGUAUUUUGACAAAACUUAGUACACAUACACUUGUACACAUACACUUGUACACAUACACUUGUACACAUACACUUGUACACAUAAACUUGUACACAUACACUUGUACUCAUAAACUUGUACACAUACACUUGUACACAUACACUUGUACACAUACACUUGUACACAUACACUUGAUUAGCCAUAAUCAAAUACCGAAGGGUACUGAACUCAUAAUAUCUAUACCUCUGAGGCCCGGGGCCCCGUUUCACUUUACCUUACAUAAGCUAUAUAAAUAUCAAUAGGCCUAGUUAGACAACAAUGUGUUAUGUGAAGUGAUGGAUGUAGCUAAGGAGCAAUACCCUUCAUUGUCCGUAUGGAGAUAUCGUGGAUUUAAAAUGAACAAUAUUGAAACCAUUCAGGGCUGGUCGAGAAUUUUCUAAAAUUCCAUGAAUGCUGUUAUCAUGUUCAUGAAUUUUCAAUGCGUUUCUUCGAAUGUUAUGGCAUAAGAAUUAAAAAUAAUUUUGGAAGCUCUAGAAAGUUCUAGAUUAAGUUUCCAUUAUUAUGGCCAAAGCUUAUCGUAGACAGACCUCCCGAGAAACUGGACCCACCUGGGAACGGGAUCAAACAAGGAACAUAGUGGAAGGGGAUCACACUGGGACAAGGGAUCCCGAAAACAAUGGAAUCCCAAUAGCUACGGGAUCCUAUUCGAAAACGGGAUUCCACCGUAAAAAAGGGUCCCAUUGGUGAAACGGGAUCCCUCCCGGAUUCGGAUCUCACGAGAUCGGGAUCCCAUCGGGAUUGGAAUUGCAUCGGGACCGAUCGGGGUAUGGUAUCCAAUUUGGAAAUGGGGUCCCAUCAGGAUUCAGGCAUCAGGAUUCAGUCAUCAGGAUUCAGUCAUCAGGAUUCAGUCAUCAGGAUUCAGUCAUCAGGAUUCAGUCAUCAGGAUUCAGUCAUCAGGAUUCAGUCAUCAGGAUUCAGUCAUCAGGAUUCAGUCAUCAGGAUUCAGAUCCUAUCCGGAAUGGAAUUCCAAUAGGGUCGGGGACCAACCUGGAAAGGGAUUGGGAUUUCGUGUGGAAAGGGAUCGCAUCGGAGGCGGGGAACCGAUCAGUAUAUGGGAUACUACUUGGAUACGGGAUCUCAACGGCAUCGGGAACCCAUCAGAAUUGGGAUCCCAAAGGGUUCGGGAACCAACUGGGAAAUGGAUCCCAUUUGGAAACGGGAUGUCAUCGGGAUCGGGAUCUCAAUUGCGAUUUAUUUAAUCGAGAUCAGGAUCCCAUUGGGAUCCCUUUGGGAUCAAGAUUUAUUCGGGAUCCCAUUGGGCUGGGGAUCUUGAACCCUUACUGGUGAAUCGGGACUGUCCAGGUGUUGGAAACCUUUCUCGGCAUCCCGUUCCGGUUUUGACUGAGUAUCAUGUUAACUGAUCAGUUAGGUAGACAUUCAUGUGUCCUGUGCUAAUUGCCUAGUUUACAUAGUGUUAAUAUCAGAGCUUGAAGAAUUUCAACAUCCAAAUUUAAUUUAGCUCAAUUUCACGUGUAUCCUGUUAGGUCCUCUAUAAAUAAGAGACCGAAGUCAAUUUCUCUGCUUGCAACAUAGUAAACCACCUAACAGCCCCCCCCCUUUAAUCAGAGAGAAGAUAAAAUUAAAAAGUUAUAAUUUGCAGCCGCUAAUCUGCUUUUGGCUAUAAUAAAUGUUGCAAUAUUAAGUUUCAGGAGAUAUUUGACAUACAUAUUCAAGACAUUUCUUAGAGUGUAGAUUAUGAGAAAUGUACAUACGUAAAAAAAUUCGUCCCUACCCAUAAUUCCGAACACACGGCAUAUGGCUGUUGUAGACGUUGAAGGAUGCCCAGUAAGGGCCGUGUAAUAAUUGAAAGGGGGGGGGGGUGGCGAAUUGGACGAGAUCCCCGUGGCGCGCUAACAUUGUAAAUUACCAUUAAUUAUCAGUUGUUCAAAUAGGGUAUUAGCGCCAUUUUCAGGCUUUACCCUGGGCGCAGCUUUUCCUGGACACGAUCCUGUCCACGAUCCUGUCCACAUAACUGUGCAUUGAUGCCACCCCAGGGGACAUUUGCCCAUUGCACCGCCCAUACAAAUGUUUACCAUAAGAGUGAAACAAAAUAUAUUUAACAAUUACAAAAAAUACUUGCCGGGGCGGUACCUUAAUUUCCCGUCCUUUGGUUGGUCACUUGCUUACCUGUCGUUUGGUAGGUCACUUGCUUACCUGUCCAUUGGUAGGUCACUUGCUUACCUGUCCUUUGGUAGGUCACUUGCGUACCCAUCCUUUGGUAGGUCACUUGCUUACCCGUCCUUUGGUAGGUCCAUUACUUGCCCUUUUUUGGUAGGUCACUUGCUUUCCCGUCAUUUGGUAGGUAACUUGCUUUCCCGUUUAAAUGAUAGGUCCCUUACUUUUCAGUCAUUUAGUAGGUACUUGUUUUCUCGUCCUUUGGUGGGUCACUUGCUUACCUGUCCGUUGGUAGUUCACUUGCUUUCCCAUCCUUUAUUUGGUCACUUGCUUACCCGUUUUUUGUUAGGUCACUUGCUUACCCGUCCUUUGGUAGGUCACUUGCUUUCUGGUCCUUUAUUAGGUCAUUUGCUUACCCGUCCAUUUGUAGGUCCUUGGUAAAACUUACUCUCAUAAGUCAUGAUUAUGUGACUCAAGUACCGCAAGGGUUUAAGGGUUGUCAUUGUCACGGGUUGACGGCGGACCGCUGAGCUCUGGCCAUGUUGUACCAACCAUACUGAGAUUGAAAUUGCUGCCAUAAAUUUCCAUUGGUGCGGCCAUGGGGCAGGACUCUCCAAACCAUUACGGUCAUGGUCAAACCUGCUCAGUUCAGAAAGUGUAGGAACCUAAAGGGAACUGUUGUAGGUCAGAUAACAUUAAUGACUAACUUCCGAUAAAGGAACAGUUGGUGUAUACGAUAGAUGUGCUACUUUAUUGAUGUAACCACAAUAUUAAUUUGCCAUUAAAAGACAUGCCUUCAAAGGAAGGUGGGUGGGUUGGAGAUUUUCAUCACCAUCAUCUCCACCCCCACCCACACGCUCGUGGGCCUUCCUGUACAAAGACCGAGGAAUCUAUCCAUUAAAAUCUUUAUUGAAUAAACAUUAAUUGCAAUUUCAGAGUCGGGUUGACCCAUUUAAACUUGCAAUAAAAAUACCAUCUUAAAUAAACAUCUACUGUCUUAUGAUUUCUCCCCCAUAGCACUCACCGGUGGAUAGAAGCAUUGAUUUUUUAAGAUGAAUUUUCCUUUGAUUGUGUGCGCCCCAAAAAGGUUAGAGAGUAUAAUGAAGAUCAAUAUUUAAAAAAAAAAAAAAAUAUACAGAUCUUUACCCACACAAUUCGUUUUAAUACCAAAAAAAAAAAAAAAAAAAAAACAAGAGGGGGAAGGGAGUUCUCCCUUCGAGGGAUGAGAUAAGAUACGAACAUAUAAGCCUGCGACAGGUGAGUGGUCCAACAGUGUGAGGUGAAUAGUCCACAGGUGUGAGGUGAAUGGUCCAACAGUGUGAGAUGUGUGCUUGCAAGAGAAAAAUUCAUGACCAAUCAGUACCACUCAAUACCAGUCAUUUCCAGUCAACACAAGUCAAUACUAGUCAAUGCCAGUCAAUGCCAGGUGCCAAUGUUUAUCUCGUUUGUUUGGUUGUGUUUUUAUUAUGAUUUAAUUACUUAAUGUAUUAUUUUAAAAUUUUAAAUGUUAUUUAAUAUUAUUGUGUUCUUAUUUUAUUUAUUUGUUUAUUUCAUUAUUUUUUGGAGGGUAGUUGAGGGUGGCUGGUGGGGGGUUAGGAGACACAAUUAGAAUAAAAAGAAGACUAAAGUCAUUAUACAAGUUAGCGAAUAUAGACAUUGAAAAUUCUAUUCCGUGUAUUUUAUGUAUAGCCGUAUUACACUAAAACAUUGGUGAGACCUAUCAGCCGUGUUACACUAAAACAUUGGUGAGACCUAUCAGCCCUAUUACACUAAAACAUUGGUGAGACCUAUCAGCCGUAUUACACUAAAACAUUGGUGAGACCUAUCAGCCGUAUUACACUAAAACAUUGGUGAGACCUAUCAGCCCUAUUACACUAAAACAUUGGUGAGACCUAUCAGCCGUAUUACACUAAAACAUUGGUGAGACCUAUCAGCCAGUGUUGACAUCAGGAUAAUUAUCAUCAUUGGUGAUACCUAUCAAGUCUUUGGUGUGCACCAUAAAGUCUUUGGUGUGCACCAUCAAGUCUUUGGUGUGCACCAUCAAGUCUUUGGUGUGCACCAUCAAGUCUUCAGUGUGCACCAUCAAGUCUUUGGUGUGCACCAUCAAUUCUUGGGUGUGCACCAUCAACUCUUGGGCGUGCACAUCAAAACUCGGGCGUGCACCAUCAUGUCUUGGGCGUGCAUCGUCAACUCUUGGGCGUGCACCAUCAAGUCUUGGGUGUGCAACAUCAAGUCUUGGGCGUGCACCAUCAAGUCUUGUGUGUGCACAUUGAUGUCUUGGGUGUAUACCAUCAAGUCUUUGGCAUGCACAAUCUAGUUUUCUGUAGGUAAUCAAAACGAAUAAAUUAUUUUAACCUGAACAGGCUAUAAAUAAGGAUGGAGAUCCAUAAAUAUCACCAUUAGCCAAAUAUAAUCUUCAAAACCUUAUUCUGAGAGUGGCGUUAGAUAUAUAAUCUGACAGGUUGGCGAGACAUAAUGUCUUUCUUUAACACAAUCUUGGGAAGGGUGAGAGUAGACAAGCUAGCAAUGUGUUCGUACAUCAAGUAUUUCAACAUCAAACCAUCGUGUGAGAGAGUAGACAUGCUGGCAUUGUGUUCGUACAUCAAGUAUUUCAACAUCAAACCAUCGUGUGAGAGAGUAGACAAGCUGGCAAUAUGUUCGUACAUCAAGUAUUUCAACAUCAAACUAUCGUGUGAGAGAGUAGACAAGCUGGCAAUGUGUUCGUACAUCAAGUAUUUCAACAUCAAACCAUCGUGUGAGAGAGUAGACAAGCUGGCACUAUGUUCGUACAUCAAGUAUUUCAACAUCAAACCAUCGUGUGAGAGAGUAGAUAUGCUGGCAAUGUGUUCGUACAUCAAGUAUUUCAACAUCAAACCAUCGUGUGAGAGAGUAGACAUGCUGGCAAUGUGUUCGUACAUCAAGUAUUUCAACAUCAAACCAUCGUGUGAGAGAGUAGACAAGCUGGCAAUAUGUUCGUACAUCAAGUAUUUCAACAUCAAACUAUCGUGUGAGAGAGUAGACAAGCUGGCAAUGUGUUCGUACAUCAAGUAUUUCAACAUCAAACCAUCGUGUGAGGACGCUGUCAUUUGGCUACAGUACAGCUGCACGUCUGUGUUCAUAAGUAUGUUCAUCUGAUGAAGUGUUUCUCAAAGGUCUUCUCGGUGCUCUUGGGAGUCGCUGUUUUCUCACAAGGGAGUGGCUGUUUUCUAACGAGUGAGUGGCUGUUUUAUCACAAGGGAGUGGCUGUUUUCUCCCCAGUGAGCUGUUUUCUCACCAGUGAGUGGCUGUUUUCUCACAAGGGAGUGGCUGUUUUCUCACCAGGGAGUGGCUGUUUUCUCACAAGGGAGUGGCUUUUUCCUAACAAGGGAGUUGCUGUUUUCUCACAAGGGAAUGGCUGUUUUCUCACCAGUGAGUAGCUGUUUUCUCACAAGGGCGCCGUUGUUUUCUGACAAGGGCGCUCCGGUAUAUUGAAACCCAAUCUCUACCAGGUAUAGUGUUACACUCUUCAACCAGCUAUAGCUUUACACUCUUCUACCAGAUAAAGUGUUACACUCUUCUACCAGCUUGAUUGUGCCACUCUUCUACCAGCUUGAUUGCCCCACUCUUCUACCAGCUUGAUUGCCCCACUCUUCUACCAGCUUGAUUGCCCCAAUCUUCUACCAGCUUGAUUGCCCCAAUUUUCUACCAGCUUGAUUGCCCCGCUCUUCUACCAGCUUCAUUGCCCCACUCUUCUACCAGCUUCAUUGCCCCACUCUUCUACCAGCUUGAUUUCCCUACUCUCCCCACUCUUCUAACAGCUUGAUUGCCCCACUAUUCUCCCAGCUUAAUUGCCCCACUCUUCUACCAGCAUGAUUGCCCUACUCUUCUACCAGCUUGAUUGCCCCAUUCUUCCAACUGCUAUGUUGCCUGCACUUGCAUCUGUGAUGUCGAGUUAAUAAGAUUGUUAAGUGACAAUAAUAAACACAAUUCUUUAAACAAUUGGUAUCAGCUUAACCACACCUUAACCACCCUUUAACCACCCUUUAACCACCCCUUAACCGGAGCUUGGAACGGGGCUGACAAAAUUGGUCCGAAGCGAAGCCGGAGUGGAUCUCGACCAAAAAAGUUCGCUUUAAAUUAGGAGAAAAUAAACUUAGUUUACAAUUUAGCUAGUAAUGUAUUGUCAUAUUUCAUCCGAAUGGUCAAACAAGAAGAACCUAUGCACUGUUCAUGUAAGUUACUAUGCCAGCAAGUACAUUGUACCACAGCAGCAUCUUUCAUACAUUAUAAUGUGUUUGUACACUUACAUUAAUUUUCUGUCUAUGGACGUAUCAAGAUUUUCAAAGUAUUCUGUCUCCCACCCCCAACAGUUGGCAGAUUUGCCCCACCAAUGACAAUGAUGACCCCUCAGGAACUAGCAGCGUUCUUCCCCGACAUGGCAGAAGGUGGCCAUUACAAGCCCCGGAUGUGUCGACCGGCAGAGAAGACCGCCAUCUUGAUCCCGUACAGAAAUCGUUGUUCUCACUUGUACAUCUUACUGCCUGUCCUCAUCCCAAUGUUGAUGAGACAAAACAUCGACUUCACCAUCUACGUCGUAGAGCAGGUAAAUUGUAUGUGCAGUUUUAGUACAGGUCUAUAGUAUGUGUCUAUCAGGCAUGUGUGCUUAGCACGCUUCAAUAGGCGUAAUUUCUAAGACCGGAAAACGUCAUAGCGUACUAUUUUUAGAAGGUCCGCGGACAAAUAUUGCUUAAAACAUGGCAGCUUACAGUGUGUUUCAGCAUAUCGUUCGGGCGAUCCUUAUAUGCAGAGUUACUGCUACAUAUGACGUUCACGCAAUGAAGUCGCAUUUGAGAAAACAGAAUGUGAAAGAAAAAAUGUGUAAAAUAUUUCGUAAAAUAGAGUUGUAAACAAGUUUCAGGGACACUUCGCUAACAUAGUAAUACUGAACAGUGUUGACAUUUUGUCCGCGCUGAGUACCCGGAUGAUCAGUAAUGGUGACAUCAGUUCUAUUAAUAGAUUUCCACCAUUAAAUGACAAGCCCUAUAUGGGUGCGAAGUGUGGACCACAUAUACCAACAUCUAGGAGCGGAAACUCAACAGCUCCCACCAAAGAUGUCUGCGUCGCAUUUUACGCAUUCGUUGGCAGGACAGGGUGACUAACACAGAGGUCUUGGAACGUGCACACAUGUUUAGCAUAUUCUCCUUUCUCAUCAAGAGGCGCCUUCGCUGGUUAGGUCAUGUAAUGAGAAUGGAGGAAGGACGUAUCCCAAAGAUGCUGCUGUAUGGAGAGUUGGCAGAAGGGACAAGACAUGUUGGACGGCCAUGCCUGAGAUUUAUGGACGUUUGCGAAAAGAGCAUGAGGGAAGCCAAUGUUGAAAACAACCAAUGGGAGCUAAUUAAUGAACAACGUUCCAGCUGGUGAACAGCAGUGUAUGAAGGAGUCAAAAAGGCAGAAGAGACGCGAAACAAGGACCUAACAACAAAAAGAAGACGGAAGGAUGCCAUAUACUGUAUGUGUAGUUACAGGAAAGGUCAAUUAAAUGUACAGUUAAAGGACAGGUCAAUUAUAUGUGCAGUUAUAGGACAGGUAAAUUAUAUGUGCAGUUAUAGGACAGGUAAAUUGUAUGUGCAGUUAUAGGACAGGUAAAUUGGAUAUGCAGUUAUAGGACAGGUCAAUUGUAUGUGCAGCUAUACGUCAGGUCAAUUGUAUGUGCAGCUAUACGCCAGGUCAAUUGUAUGUGCAGCUAUAGGCCAUGUCAAUUGUAUGUGCAGCUAUAGGCCAGGUCAAUUGUAUGUGCAGCUAUAGGCCAGGUCAAUUGUAUGUGUAGCUAUAGGCCAGGUCAAUUGUAUGUGCAGCUAUAGGCCAGGUCAAUUGUAUGUGCAGCUAUAGGCCAGGUCAAUUGUAUGUGUAGCUAUAGGCCAGGUCAAUUGUAUGUGCAGUUAUAGGACAGGUCAAUUGUAUGUGCAACUAUACGCCAGGUUAAUUGUAUGUGCAGCUAAUGGCCAGAUCCAUUGUAAAUUUAAUGUUCAGUUGUAAAAGUGAACACUUCUUAAGAAUAUAUAGAUACUUCAAAUGUACAUAGAUUUGGUCUCCCAACAAAUUAUGUUAGCAUAUACAUAUAUUUUGUCUGCACACACAUUAUGUUCAAGUGUACGGAUCUAUUCUGUCCCCCCCCCCCCACAGACUGCCAAUGGCACAUUCAACAAGGGCAUCAUGUUCAACGCCGGGUACCUAGAGUCCCUCAAGGUAGACAACUACGACUGCUUCAUCCUACACGACGUAGAUUUGAUCCCCAUUGAUGACCGGAACCUGUACCGAUGCAACAAGAGCGGACCUGUCCACUUCUCACCUGCCGUUAGCAAGUUCAAUUACAAGUAACUAUGCCUGUCUGAACAGUAACUCUGCCUGUCUGAACAGUAACUCUGCCUGUCGAAACAGUAACUAUGCCUGUCUGAACAGUAGCUAUGCCUGUCUGAACAGUAACUAUGCCUGUCUGAAAGUGACUAUGCCUGUCUGACAGCAACUUGAUUGUGUUGUAGUCUUAGAUGUGUGAUGUACCAACAAUGGGGUCGGCAUUAUAAAGGGUUUUAUGAGACUUUAUAUUUUUUUCAGUUUUGAUAUAUGGAUUCAUGUAACUGUUACAACCUUAUGCCUAUUGUGUUGUAGUCUUAGAUGUGUGAUUUACCAACAAUGGGGUCGGGAUUAUAAAGGGUUUUAUGAUCCUUUAUUUUUUUUUCUGUUUUGGUAUGUGCUUUCAACCCCCCCCCACCCCCCCCCCCAAAAAAAAACAACAAGUGUUGUGGUGUUACAGAUGUGUGUACGCUAUUUGUUGUACGGCUACGAGUGUGGGAAUAGAUGUGUUAUUGUUCGAACUGAUAGACAGUUUAUAAGAAGUGUGGGAAUAGAUGUGCUAUUGAGUUGUACUGAUAGACAGUUUUUAAGAAGUGUAGGAAUAGAUGUGCUAUUGUUUGAAAUUAUCGAUGCUUGUUUGCGCUAACUUGUCAUCCCAAUUGUUUAUGGCGACUAUAAUUCAAACAGGCAGUGUGGGUCAUGAUGUUGCUCAGCAGAUGUUUAGGAUGAACAGAAAAGGUUGGGUUUUUUUUAAAGGGAGGGGGGGGGGAGAACAAAUGAACGCGUCGCGAAAAAAAGCUUAGAUUAUUUGAUAGAUCAAUAUUGUAAUGGUUUGUUUUGUGAGGAAUUUUUUUUCUGUUUUUUAUGGGUGUUUUGACGUCAUGCUUAUUUUAAAACUUGUAAACUUCAUUUUGAAUAGGACUAAUAUGUUGUACUUCAAUGACGUCAUUUCCGUUUUAAAGCGUAUUUUGCUGCGAUUAAUUUUAGCUGAAGAUAAGUCAGAUGGCAGUUUGAUUUAUUAGAGAUAGUUCUUUAGUGAAUUGUUAACAUAUCCAGUAAUAAAUAUACAUUCGUUGAAGAAUAUCUUUUGAAAUUAUGGAGUUGUAAAUGAUACAUUUUGAAUCGUUCGUCUAAUUAAGUGGUUCUAAAACUUUUUUUUUGGGGUGGGGGCACACCGCCGUCCUUGGGGGACAUACAUUAUACAGUAGAGCGUCGACUUUCCGAACGCCAAUUAAGGUUAUCCGAACUGCGGCUAUCAUUUUUUAAAUUUAUCAGUCAGAGCCGUCAUGUGACUGUAUGAGAACCCCUUGCGACUUUUCGGUUUUGUGCCCUCCUGAAUUAAAAGUUGCCGGUCCUGGCACCAUAAGCCAAAGAAAAUGUAUGACAGUUAAGUCAAAGUUACAAAGCCUUACCCAGUAACAUAACGGCCAUCAUUAAAUAGUAAUAGCUAAUACACGCCCCUCUCAUCGACUGAACGCGGAUUCAAAAUAGUUUUUCGACAGAUUUAAAGACACAUGAAAACAACAUUAAAAUAAACGAAUCUAGGUCCCUGGUGAAAUUAAAAAAACUUAUUGAACGGUUGGGGAAGCCCUGCGCUGCCCUAGAGCUGGCAGUAGGAGUCUUGACCAGUGGUCAACAGAACAGGUGCCCUGGGAUCCGUCAGGUGCUUUUUCUUUGUCAUUUUAUUCUAUGAUUUAAAUCCUUUAUUAUAAGGGGGAUUCAUGUACAUAUCUUAGUGUCUGUAGAAAUCAUCAUGGGAUCCUUGGACAUCAUCACAUGGCCCAUAGAAAUCGUCAUAGAAUCCAAUGUCUAUUUCUUGCUUUUCGUUGCUGGUAGCCACUGGGCCGUUUGGAUGUGUGCACGCCGUAUGGAAUGAUAGAACAAUCUUGAACAAUAAAAAUGCUUUAAUUGCUUUGUGUUCAAGACAACAAAUAAAAUAAUUAAUUAUGACCUUUAAAAACCAACAGUCAGAGAGCACUGUCCAAAAUACAACACAGAAAUGUGGCAGGUAAAACCCAGCAGUCGAAAUAUGACAAUCGUGCUCAAAUGUUAAGGGGCAAUGUUUUUUGAGUUAUCUGGAUUUCUAUAUAUAUGGUUUGGAAAAAUCAUUUUUUUAAAAUUUAAAUAAAAUAAAUAAUUGUUUAAAGAUAUUAGGCAAUUUUGUAAAUUAUUUUUCUCUUCUUCACUUUUAUAUUUUCAGGGCCCACGAUCAAUAAACUGAUCAUUUUCAACCCUAUAAAUUGGGGGAAAGUAAUUUUUAAAUAAUUUGAUUUUUUAGCGAUUUCAUUCAUGUACUGAGACAUGUACUCACCGCUCACCCUUCUUGCUACGCCACUGGUCUUACCCCCGUCUUAUCAAUGUCUCUAUGUUUCUUACCCCCGACCGAUCACUGUUUCUGUGUCUUACCCCCGACCCAUCACUGUUUCUGUGUCUUAGCCCCUCCCAUCACUGUCUCUAUGUGUCUUAGCCCCUCCCAUCAAUGUCUCUAUGUGUCUUAGCCCCUCCCAUCACUGUCUCUAUGUGUCUUAUCCCCGUCCCAUCAUUGUCUCUAUGUGUCUUAGCCCCUCCCAUCACCGUAUCUAUGUGUCUUAGCCCCUCCCAUCACUGUCUCUAUGUGUCUUAGCCCCUCCCAUCACUGUCUCUUUGUGUCUUACCCCCAUCCAAUCACUGUCUCUAUGUGUCUUACCCCCGUCCCAUCAUUGUCUCUAUGUGUCUUACCCCCGUCCUAUCAUUGUCUCUAUGUGUCUUUCCCCCGUCCCAUCACUGUCUAUCUUUUUCUUACUCUAUGUGUCUUAGCCCCUCCCAUCACCGUAUCUAUGUGUCUUAGCCCCUCCCAUCUCUGUCUCUAUGUGUCUUAGCCCCUCCCAUCACUGUCUCUUUGUGUCUUACCCCCAUCCCAUCACUGUCUCUAUGUGUCUUACCCCCGUCCCAUCAUUGUCUCUAUGUGUCUUACCCCCGUCCUAUCAUUGUCUCUAUGUGUCUUUCCCCCGUCCCAUCACUGUCUAUAUUUGUCUUAGCCCCUCCCAUCACUUUCUCUAUGUGUCUUAGCCCUUCCCAUCACUGUUUCUAUGUGUCUCACCCUCCUAACAUCACUGUUUCUAUGUGUCUCACCCUCGUAAUAUCACUGUUUCUAUGUGUCUCGCCCUCGUAAUAUCACACUAUCUAUGUGUUUCACAUCCUCGUAAUAUCAGUGUUUCUAUGUGUCUCGCCCUCGUAAUAUCAGUGUUUCUAUGUGUCUCACACCCUCCUAACAUCACUGUUUCUAUGUGUCUCACACCCUCCUCCCAUCACUGUUUCUAUGUGUCUCACACCCUCCUCGCAUCACUGUUUCUAUGUGUCUCACACCCUCCUCCCAUCACUGUUUCUAUGUGUCUCACACCCUCCUCCCCUCACUGUUUCUAUGCGUCUCACAACUCCCAUCACUGUUUCUAUGUGUCUCACACCCUCCUCCCAUCACUGUUUCUAUGUGUCUCACACCCUCCUCCCAUCACUGUUUCUAUGUGUCUCACACCCUCCUCCCAUCACUGUUUCUAUGUGUCUCACACCCUCCUCCCAUCACUGUUUCUAUGUGUCUCACACCCUCCUCCCAUCACUGUUUCUAUGUGUCUCACACCCUCCUCCCAUCACUGUUUCUAUGUGUCUCACACCCUCCUCCCAUCACUGUUUCUAUGUGUCUUACACCCUCCACCCAUCACUGGGUCUAUGUGUCUCACACCCUCCUCCCAUCACUGUUUCUAUGUGUCUCACACCCUCCUCCCAUCACUGUUUCUAUGUGUCUUAUAAAAAAACGCUUGAGGCAAACACGGAUCUUUUACCAAUCAUUUACAAGUAUACACUUAAUAUCAUCUCUAGCAGCCCUCCCCCAUGGGAGACCCAGCGCCCCUAAUCUUUUCAUUGCCCCCCCCCAAGAGCUUUCCCACUUCAAUUGGGGGAAGUAUCGCCCACUUUGAGAACCACUGGUCUAACUCUAUGGGGAAAAAAAAAUUAUUACAACACGGAAGACAAAAUAUUAGCCAAUCUGUGGUAGGGUGAAGAUAUGGGAGAUAGGAUUAAAGGAUUGGGUGAAGAUUUGAGAGAAAGAAUUGGGUGAAGAAUUGGGAGGAAGGAUUGGGUUUGGAAUUGGGAGGAAGAAUUGGGUGAAGAAUUGGGAGGAAGGAUUGGGUUUGGAAUUGGGAGGAAGAAUUGGGUGAAGAAUUGGGAGGAAGGAUAGGGUGAAGAAUUGGGAGGAAGAAUUGGGUGAAGAAUUGGGAGGAAGGAUUGGGUGAAGAAUUGGGAGGAAGGAUUGGGUGAAGAAUUGGGAGGAAGGAUUGGGUGAAUAAUUGGGAGGAAGGAUUGGGUGAAGAAUUGGGAGGAAGGAUUGGGUGAAGAAUUGGGAAGAAGGAUUGGGUGAAUAAUUAGGAGGAAUGAUUGGGUGAAGAAUUGGGAGGAAGGAUUGGGUGAAGAAUUGGGAGGAAGGAUUGGGUGAAGAAUUGGGAGGAAGGAUUGGGUGAAGAAUUGGGAGGAAGGAUUGGGUGAAGAAUUGGGAGGAAGGUUUGGGCGAAGAAUUGGGAAAAGGGCGAUGUUAUGAUUGAAGUGACUUUCGGACAUUAACAGUAAAUCUGAGUUAAUGUUUGUUCAAUCUGCUGAUGCAAAGCAAUUUUCCAUCUCAGAGAGACAUACCAUGGACUGUUUGGUGGCGUGGUCAGCUUUACACGUGAGCACUUUAAGUUCAUCAACGGAGCCUCCAACGUUUACUUUGGGUGGGGCGCUGAGGACGAUGACCUUAGGGACAGGUACGUAGUAAGGGGUAACACUUAGUGAGACAGGUAACUUUAUAGGUGUAACUAUGAGAGAGAAAAUCUUCUUGUGGUAACACUGAGACAGGUAACUUUCUAGUGGUAACACUGAGACAGGUAACUUUCUAGUGGUAACACUGAGACAGAUAACUUUCUAGUGGUAACACUGAGACAGAUAACUUUCUUCUUCCUCUUUAUUUUGAGGGCCCACGAUCAAUGAAUUGAUCAUUCUGGCUCCAAUGAUUCAAAGGGGUUCGCGAUUUUUCUGUGCAUGGGUUUCAAAGGGAUACUUCACUGGUUGCAAGGGCUACUCGGCAGUGGUGUUACGACCUGGGGGUUGGAAUACAGGAGGCAAUAGACACAAAUGUGUCUAAUUUUGUCGCCUCAACCGUUCCUUUUGAAAGCUUGUUCCAGUUCCCUAUUGUCUUCGGCAGGAAUGAGGAGCUCCUGUACUUUGUUCUUGUUUUUACCAGCCGGAACUGUCUGUCGUGGCCUCGUCGCAGUCUGGGGGGAAGAGGAACGAGUUUCUGUUUGAUUCUGGAGCAGUGGACCAGCCCAUUUGUUAUCUUGUACAACAUGGUGAGCCUGGAUAGUCGUCGUCGUUCUUCCAAUGUAGACCAGCCCAGUGUUUCUAGCAUGCUGCCAACACUUGAGGUGUUUCUGUAGCGGUUCAUGACAAAGCGUGCUGCCCGUCGCUGGACCGCCUCCGACCUGUCAAUGCUCCUCUGGGUGAAUGUGUCCCAGACUGAAGAUGGGUAAUCUAAAAGCGGCCAGACAAAGGCUUUAUAGGCUUUUUCUUUCACGCUUGAGUUGCCGAUCUUCAGAUUUCGCCUUAGGAACCCCAGGGUCUUAUUUGCCCGGUUGCACACACUGUUAAUAUGCUCGUCCCAGCGGACCUCUCUUUGAAUGAUAACACCAAGGUACUUAACUGAGGAAACUGGCUCAAGAAUAUGGCCAUGCAAUUUGUAAGAUUGGCGUAGAGGAGAUCUGCUUCUGGAGACUGACAGGGUCUGGCACUUGACGGGAUGAAAUUCCAUGUCCCAGCUCAUCUCCCACUCAGCUAACCGAUUGAGGUCUUGUUGGAGUUGGCUUUGGUCAGAACUGUUGACGAUUUUCCUAUAUACCGCCGUGUCGUCUGCUUGAGAGGUCAGCUUCUCGGGCAGAUCAUUGAUAUAUGCUAGGAACAAACAAGGGCCUAGCACUGAGCCCUGACUUAGCGCCGACAAAGGCGGAGGUUGUGCCAUCCACCACUACUGUCUAGCAUCGGUCGCUGAGGAAGCUAGAGAUCCAUGUUUUGGUAGUGCCAUGGGUCCCAUAUCUCUGCAGUUUGUGUAAUAGCAAGCUAUGGUUGACACGGUCAAACGCUUUUGAAAAGUCCAGCACAAGCACAUCAGUUUGCUUGCUGUUCUCCAAGUUGGUCGUCAAUUCUUCAGCAAAUUCAAGGAGUUGGGUCUCACAUGCUCUGUUGACUCGAAAGCCAUGUUGACAGUCAUUCAGUAUAUUGUGUCUUUCAAGAUGCUUUAUGACUGUGCUUACGAUUCUGUGCUUCAACAGUUUGCAGACCACGCUGGUGAGGGAUAUCGGAGGAUAGUUGGCAGGGUCUGAAUGCUCCCCUUUCUUGUAGAUUGGUGUGACAUGCACUGUUCUCCAGUCAGUUGGAACGUUGCCUGUGAAUAGAGACGAUUGGAAGAGGAUUGUUAUUGCAGGAGCGAUUUCAGUGGCCAAUUCUUUUAAGACUCGUGGUUUGAUGUUGUCAGGACCACAUGCCUGGUAGGGGUCAAUGGUUUUACGAAGUUCCAGGACAGCCUUCUCUGAAAUCUGGAUAUCUUCCAUGGCAGGGUAGGCUGUGCUCAUCAUGUUGGUCUUCAGAAGGAACUCAACUUCUGAGUACUCUCUACCAUCCCCAAAGACCAACUGGAACUGUUGAUUGAGUAUGUCCGCCUGUUCUUUGUAUUCAAACGUCAACUUGCCUUCCCAUCUCAGGGGGGAGACCACAGUAUUUGAUGACCUUUGAUGCUUGACAUAGCUCCAGAACCGCUUGUUCUUGGCGGUUGUAUCUUCCUCUGAGAAGAUGCCGUUCAGGUAGCUCCAGUAAGAUAUGCGCAGUAAGCGUUGGAUGUUUCUACGGAGCCUCAAUACUUUUGCUUUUAGUUCGACCGAGCCAUUCUUCUUCAUUCGUUAUACUGGCGGUCUCUCCUUUGUAUGAGCCAACGGAUUUCAGCCGUAACCCAUGGUUGAUUUGUCUUAGGUUUUGAGAUCUUGUGUGGUAUGAAUUUUUUCACUGCAUCAGUGAUUGUUGUCUUAAAUUUCAUUCACAGCUCUUCUGUUGUCGCAUUUCACUGAAUCUCAUGCAUGUUUGAACUCAGCUCAGUCGUUGCACUUCUUAGGCUAUCCCAGUCUGCCUUUUUUCAUAAAUGGGGAUUUCUCUCACAGCCUGUUUCUUUUUAAGCGCGCUGACUUAAAAUUCGCAGUACGGUAUGUAGUGGUCUGAUAUCCCAGAUAUGAUUUCAACUCUUGGGAUAAGAUGUGGACUGUUAGGAGUAGGUCGAGAGUGUUUUCCCCUCUUGUGACUUCAUUAACCAUCUGUUCCAGACCAUGGUUGUUAAUCAUCUCCAUGAAUUCAGAGUGUAGGACCGGGUAUGGGGACUUGGGCUUCAAGGCAGGAAUCUGCCAGUUCCAACCAGGAAAGUUGAAAUCUCCGCCUAUAAGGAGGGAAAAGUUCUUCGACUGCAUUGCUCUCUGUGACACAUCAAGCCUCCUCAGGCUUGGUUCUGGAACAGCGUGACAAUCCAGGCUGUCAUGGACAGCAGCAAGUACUCCUCCUCCUCUGUCUUUUCCGUCUUGCCGGAAUAGUUUGUACAUAUCCGGUACAACCUCUGUGUUGGCUAUGGAGGGAUUCAGCCAUGUUUCUGAGCCCAAGAUGAUGUCAGGUGUGAAGCUGCUGAUCAAGUUUGCUAUCUCGGCUCUCUUUCCGCUUGCAUAUUCAAGGUUCACCUUCAAUAUGCGCAAUGGUCUGUGUUUCGAUUUGUCUUUCUGACUGCAGCGCAUAGGAGUAGAGCAGUGUGUGCAGCACAUAGGAGUAGAGCAGUGUGUGCAGCACAUAGGAGUAGAGCAGUUUGGUGGCUGAAAACUCUGAAGGUCCGUUGGUGUGGAGAAUGAGGGAUUUAGGGAGAAAUCUGGGAGGGUAGAUUCUGACCUUGAACUGUGGUAAAACUGAGAGAGGUAACUUUGCAGUGGUAACACUAAGACAGGUAACUUUCUAGUGGUAACACUGAGACAGGUAACUUUCUAAUGGGUAACACUGACACAGGUAACUUUCCAAAGGUAACACUGAGACAGGUAACUUUCCAGUGUAACACUCAGACAGGUAACUUUCUAGUGGUAACACUGAGACAGGUAGCUUUCUAGUGGUAACACUGAGACAGGUAACUUUCUUAUGGUAAACCUGAGACACGUCAAUGCUGCAAUAUAAGCUUGAUAUCAGCUGUACUUUUAUUGUAUCUUAGAUCACGUGAAUUCCCCCGCCCCCCCCCCCACCCGCAACCAAACUUGCUCAAACUUAGCUGGCCAUAUCAGGAGAUGAUGUAUUGUCAGCUACCUCCUUGAAUCGUUUUUACAUUUAUGAUACAGAGUGUUUGAUAUUUUGUUCUUAAGGAAACACUUUCUAUGAUGUACGACUAGACAUCGACCAUUUCUUUAUUCACUGUUGAACAACCACAACUGGCUAUAAGUUUCCUUCUGAUACCAAUGUUUUUCCUGUUCACAGAGCUGCCAACAAAAAUUUGACAUUGCUGAGGAAAAAUAUGAGGGUUGGGGUUUACGACAUGGUAGCCCAUUCCCCGGACAAAGGCUGGGAUAGGAACCCCGACAGGUCAGUGUCUCGGUCAACACUUAACUAAUGACAACUUGACCGUCAAGACCUCAUCAAGGUUAGGGGAGAGUCCCCAAGCUUAUGGGAGAACUUACAAGGGUAGGGAAGAGUCCCCAAGCUUAUGGGAGAACUUACAAGGAUAGGGGAGAGUCCCCAAGCUUAUGGGAGAACUUACAAGGAUAGGGGAGAGUCCCCAAGCUUAUGGGAGAACUUACAAGGAUAGGGGAGAGUCCCCAAGCUUAUGGGAGAACUUACAAGGAUAGGGAAGAGUCCCCAAGCUUAUGGGAGAACUUACAAGGAUAGGGGAGAGUCCCCAAGCUUAUGGGAGAACUUACAAGGAUAGGGGAGAGUCCCCAAGCUUAUGGGAGAACUUACAAGGAUAGGGGAGAGUCCCCAAGCUUAUGGGAGAACUUACAAGGAUAGGGAGGAGUCCCCAAGCUUAUGGGAGAACUUACAAGGAUAGGGAAGAGUCCCCAAGCUUAUGGGAGAACUUACAGGGAUAGGGAAGAGUCCCCAAGCUUAUGGGAGAACUUACAGGGAUAGGGAAGAGUCCCCAAGCUUAUGGGAGAACUUACAAGGAUAGGGGAGAGUCCCCAAGCUUAUGGGAGAACUUACAAGGAUAGGGAAGAGUCCCCAAGCUUAUGGGAGAACUUACAAGGAUAGGGAAGAGUCCCCAAGCUUAUGGGAGAACUUACAAGGAUAGGGGAGAGUCCCCAAGCUUAUGGGAGAACUUACAGGGAUAGGGAAGAGUCCCCAAGCUUAUGGGAGAACUUACAAGGAUAGGAGAGAGUCCCCAAGCUUAUGGGAGAACUUACAAGGAUAGGGGAGAGUCCCCAAGCUUAUGGGAGAACUUACAGGGAUAGGGAAGAGUCCCCAAGCUUAUGGGAGAACUUACAAGGAUAGGAGAGAGUCCCCAAGCUUAUGGGAGAACUUAGAGGGAUAGGGGAGAGUCCCCAAGCUUAUGGGAGAACUUAAAAGGAUAGGGGAGAGUCCCCAAGCUUAUGGGAGAACCUACAAGGAUAGGGGAGAGUCCCCAAGCUUAUGGGAGAACUUACAAGGAUAGGGGAGAGUCCCCAAGCUUAUGGGAGAACUUACAAGGAUAGGGGAGAGUCCCCAAGCUUAUGGGAGAACUUACAAGGAUAGGGGAGAGUCCCCAAGCUUAUGGGAGAACUUACAGGGAUAGGGGAGAGUCCCCAAGCUUAUGGGAGAACUUACAAGGAUAGGGGACAACCUACCAGUCACCAAACGUAUGGUUUGAGAAAAGCGUUAGGAAAGUAAUGUGCAUGGAAGAGCAAAUAGAAAAGUAGUGAGAAGAGCAAAUAGAAAAGUAGUGAGAAGAGCAAAUAGAAAAGUAGUGAGAAGAGCAAAUAGAAAAGUAGUGAGAAGAGCAAAUAGAAAAGUAGUGAGAAGAGCAAAUAGAAAAGUAGUGAGAAGAGCAAAUAGAAAAGUAGUGAGAAGAGCAAAUAGAAAAGUAGUGAGAAGAGCAAAUAGAAAAGUAGUGAGAAGAGCAAUAGAAAAGUAGUGAGAAGAGCAAAUAGAAAAUUAGUGAGAAGAGCAAAUAGAAAAGUAGUGAGAAGAGCAAAUAGAAAAGUAGUGAGAAGAGCAAAUAGAAAAGUAGUGAGAAGAGCAAAUAGAAAAGUAGUGAGAAGGCAAGAAAAUUAGAAAUGGAAAGGUGAGUAGAGAUUUAGGUGGAAGGCAAGUGGAGAAAUAGUGGGAAGCCAAGAAGAGAAGUAGUGAGAAGCCAAGCAGAGACGUGGUUGGAAAGGCAUAUAGAGCAUUCGGUGGAAGCCAAUCAGAGAGGUAGUAAAGUAGAUCAGAUAAUAGCAAAGACAACAGGGACAAGAGACAAAGUAUUUUGAAGUCGCUCUUUAUGCUAUCCUUGUUAAGUCUUAGUUAAGUCUUUAUGGGCCAAUAUGCCUUAGUUAAGUCUUUUGGCAAACUAUGUUUUAGUCAAGUCUUUAUGGGGAAUAUGCCUUAGUUAAGUCUUUAUAAGAAAAUAUGUCUUAGUUAAGACUUGAUAAGAAAAUAUGUCUUAGAUAAGUCUUGAUGGGGAAAUAUAUCGUAGAUAAGACUUGAUGGGGAAAUGUUUCUUAGUAAAGACUUGAUGGGGAAAUAUUCCUUAGUUAAGUCUUUAUAAGGAAAUAUGCCUUAGUUAAGUCUUUAUAAGGAAAUAUGCCUUAGUUAAGUCUUUUAAGGAAAUACGCCUUAGUUAAAUCUUUAUAAGGAAAUAUGCCUUAGUUAAGUCUUUAUAAGGAAAUAUGCCUUAGUUAAGUCUUUAUAAGGAAAUAUGCCUUAGUUAAGUUUUUAUAACGAAAUAUGCCUUAGUUAAGUCUUUAUAAGGAAAUAUGCCUUAGUUAACUCUUUAUAAGGAAAUGUGCCUUAGUUAAGUCUUUAUAAGGAAAUAUGCCUUAGUUAAGUCUUUAUAAGGAAAUAUGCCUUAGGUAAGUCUUUAUAAGGAAAUAUGCCUUAAUUAAGUCUUUAUGAAAAAAGUAACGUCUUAGUUAAGUUUUUAUGGAAUAAUGUCUUAGUUACGUCUCUAUGAAAAUGUCUUAGUUAAGUUUUUAUUGGGAAAUAAUUCUCAGUUAAGUCACUAUCAGGAAAUUGAUGGCAAGAUUUGGUAUUUUUUAAAAAAGGCCAAUCUUAUGAUAUCCUGAAUCAAACAACCUUAGUCUGAGGUACAGGAAACUCGAUUAUUUCGACGGCCCCAGGGUUUGCCAAAAAGGUUUCCAGAUAACCGAUGAUCGAGAUAACCGAUGAUCGAGAUAACCGAAAACCCAUAUUGAGGGCAAUAUAUUACAUGUGUUUUAAAUUUCUUUAUGUACACGAUGCGCGUUAAUAAAUGCAGGUUCUUUAGUAUAAAAAAUUAUAAAUAUUUUUAAUAAAAUAUUUCAGAUAUUUAGAUCAAAUUUCAAUUUAUAAAAAUGAAGCCAGAAUCAAUUUUUUUUAACGUUAGUACUUUUUAGCUACGAAUUUUUAAAGUGCGAGUUCGUUUGGUAUUUUCUACUAUUGACGAAGCCGCCAUAUUUUGUGACCUCAUUAUGCUGAUCGUGUCAUGCGCAAUGACUAUAUAAUGCAACACAUCACCUUAUUACUAAAAUACUAUUUAGGGACUACUUAUUUUGAACACUUAACUUUUGCACAUGAAUAUUUAAUUAAAGCUUUCCCUGACCAAUGGUUUAAUAGCUUUUGCACACUGCAAACUCUUAUGAAUGAAGAUCUGACGUAGUGCCACGGCAUAGCCAUUAUGCAAGUGACCGUGAAUGGCUGCCCAUGACAACGUUUUGCACACGGCACAUUAUGAUUAUUUAUAAUAUGGAUCCUACCGUGUUUUAAACCUCGAAUUAAUACAUAUGUAUUUAAAUUACUUCUUGGUUCAUUCUAAAACACAAAUCCUGUAUUUUGAAAAAUGAAUAAUUAUUUGUAAUUAUGAAAUCUUUGUUUAUUUGUUGUUUGCUAUUUCUUCUUGCGGACUUCAUAUAGUGCCGAUUGCUCAUGAGGAUCGAGAUAACCGAGGUUAAGUGACAAAUUUGCCCAGCUUUUUGUGCUCGAGAUAUCAGGGCUCGGCAACAUAAAAGAAUCGACAUAAUCGAGGGGAAAAUGCAGAAUUUGGCUAUUCCACUUCAAAAACGUAGACCUAACAGGGUUGGCGAAUUAACCGAGGUCGAGAUAAGCGGGUUCGACUGUAUCUGUUAUCGCUCCAUUGACCAAUGUCCACUGUAAAUCUGUAUUAAAUCAUUCCUUUGACCAAUUUUCAUUGUAAAUCUGUAUUAAAUCAAUCCUUUGACCAAUAUUCAUUGUAAAUAUGUAUUGAAUCAUUUCACAGACCAUUGUUCAAUGUAAAUUUGCAUUUCAUAAAUUUUUCUGACCAAUGUUGACUGUAAAUUUGCAUUUCAUAAAUUUCUCUGGCCAAUGUUCACUGCAAAUUUGCAUUUCAUAAAUUCCUCUAGCCAAUGCUCACUGUAAAAUUGCAUUUCAUAAAUUCCUCUGGCCAAUGUUCACUGUAAAUUUUCAUUUCAUAAAUUCCUCUGGCCAAUGUUUACGGUAAAUCUGUAUUGAAUCAUACCUCUGACCAAUAUCCACUGUAAAUCUGUAUUGAAUCAUACCUCUGACCAAUAUCCACUGUAAAUCUGUAUUGAAUCAUUCCUCUGACCAAUAUCCACUGUUAAUCUGUAUUGAAUCAUUCCUCUGACCAAUAUCCACUGUAAAUCUGUAUUGGAUCAUUCCUCUGACCAAUAUACACUGUAAAUCUGUAUUGAAUCAUUCCUCUGACCAAUAUCCACUGUAAAUCUGUAUUGAAUCAUUCUUCUGACCAAUAUCCACUGUAAAUCUGUAUUUAAUCAUUCCUCUGACCAAUAUCCACUACAAAUCUGUAUUGAAUCAUUUCUCUGACCAAUUUCCACUGUAAAUCUGUAUUGAAUCAUUUCUCUGACCAAUGCUCACUGUAAAUUUAUAUUGAAUCAUAUCACUGACCAAAGUCCAAUGUAAAUUCGUGUCAUUCUUUUGACCAAUGUCCACUGUAAAUCUGUCUUGAAUUCUUCCUCUGCCAGAUUGAAGACGUUUGCCACACGCAAAGACAGACAGGAUGUAGAUGGUCUCAACACGGUCAUCUACAACACCAGCUUUGUUAGGAAGCUACCAGUCUACACAUGGAUAGGUGUGGACUUUGACAAGGAUACAAUUCUAGCGGUAGGUAACUCUGGAGCAAGGUGGUUAAAUGACAUCUGAGCAUUUAAAGCGAUAGUAACUCUGUUGUUUGAUGUGGUCAUUAACAAGGGCGCCACUUUGGGCUAAAGAGUACAGUGCCACUUAUUGCGAAAAAAAAGUUUGAAAAAUAAAUGCGACUAACACGCGCCUACGCCAAAAGCAGAAAUAUCUGAACUAUGAAAGGUCGCAAGUCUCUACUGCUUAGGUUUGAGACUCGGGGAAGUGGACCAUUGAUUCAACGACCAAUGAGUGCGAUUGACAUACAGUCGAUAUGCAGUGGACUGUGGACAUACAGUUGACAUACAGUGGACAUACAGUGGACAUACCGUGGACAUACCGUGUACAUACAAUGGACAUACAGUCGACAUACUAUAGACAUACAGUUGACAUACAGAGGACAUACAGUGGACAUACAAUGGACAUACAAUGGACAUACAAUGGACAUACAAUGGCUAUUCCGUGGACAGACAGUUGACAUACAAUAGACAUACAGACAUAGAAAUAGACAUUUGUCACACCAAUCUACCCAUAUCAUGUCUUUUAUUCAUCGACAGUUUCCAAGCUUUUAUUGAAAUAGACAUUUCGUCCCCCUAGAAUAACAAGGUUCUAAGUCGAUUUUUUUCUUUUUAAAUGAGUUAUUUCCCCAGUGCAACAGUUAAUCAAACCUUCUAUCAUGGUACAAAAGAUGGAAGCUUUAAAAUGAGCCGAUUUUGCGGUAAAUACAAAAUAACAGGGUUCUAACUGGAGGUUGGCCUUUCAUUUGAGAAUAACAAAGUUCUGACGUACAUUUUUAGUUUUAACCAGAUGCUAUUUAUGGUGAACCAAUAAAAAUUCAGCUUGUAAAAUGAGUUCGGUCCUUCAGCCAAUCAUAGGCUUGCUAUCUACCGUUACCUCAAUGGUCACGGAUUGUUUACAUUCAUAAUGGCGGCCACUUCAAUAGAAAAUAGGGUAUUUGAGGAGAGAGACUGCAAUCCGUUUAGCACAAUAUCAAAACUAAUAAAACAAAGUAGGGUUAAACCUGAAAAAAAGAACGCAGUGAAACAAAAAAAAACAAAAAAAAAAAAAAAAAAACUUUGUAAAUAGAAAAUAGGGUAUUUGAAGAGAGAGACGGCAAUCCGUUUAGCACAAUAUCAAAACUAAUAAAACAAAGUAGGGUUAAACCUGAAAAAAAGAACGCAGUGAAACAAAAAAAAACAAAAAAAAAAAAAAAAAACUUUGUUUUGUUGCGCUCCAUUUUUUGUCAGGUUUAACCCUACUUUGUUUGAAUCAUUUUAUAUUAUCACUAGCAAAUAGUUUUUAAAGCUCCUCGACAAGCGAAUAUGAUGCUGAUAGCAGUGCUAAUAUUAUCCAUUGCCAGGUGAAGUGUUUUCACCACUAAAUCUACUAAGAGUCCUUAAAACUGUAAACAUACGACACCUUAUAAACUCAUGAAGCAUUGAGGCCAAUUGACUUUAAAUAUUUUAAAACAGGCACUUAAAGUAUUGAUUGAUAAGUUUCAAUACUAGAGUGUAAAAUAUUCCAAAGUAUGUGUACCGAGUAAUGAAAUUUACAAAUGAGCCAUUGGUUGGUUGUAGAUUUAGCCAUAUAUAUGGACAUAGCAUGUGAAAACAUCAAUGUAAGAAAACCUAAAAGCACGAGAAGUUGUGUCCCAAUGAAAUCAACGCAAGUAUUUGUUGCCUCAACCAAAGACGGCGAUGUCAUCUAAUAACCUGUCUGAAGCUAAGAAAACAGAUUUUAGAGACGUGAUCAAGUUCAUGUCUGAGUUAGACAGGCAAUACGAUAGCAACAUCAUUAUGUUACUUGUUGUCGUAUGGUGGCUGGUUUUGAAUGAAAAUAAUGCAGAAUUUUCACGUUUGUGUGUAAAACAUGUUAUGGUCUAAUUAAUGUUUAUGUUUGAGUUUGUAAUAAUACAUUACUACAAAGAAACUAUAUACGAGGAAAUAUUUUCUGUCUUUACUUUAAAUAUAAUAGGUAAAUGAUUUUGUCUUGUUAGUAUUUGUGAUCUAAAUAAUGAAUAUGCAUUUAUUCUUGAAAGGAACUACUUAAAUCAUAGAGUUAAAUAAAUAGAACCUUGUUAUUCUAAAGUGAAAUAGGAUUUUCAGAAUUGAAAGGUUCUAUCGAAAAUUUCAAAAAAUCAUAUAAAAUCAAAAUCCAUACCUUGAACCUUCAUUUGAAUGAUCGAAACCUUGUAUUGAUAAUAUCAACAUAAAACAACAACAAAUUUUAUAAUAACGUUUUGAGUUGAUCCAUACCAAACAUCAAAUUUUCAAACACGAAUAUCUCGGUUUGACCAAAAGGUCACAUAGAACACUGUUAUUCUAGGGGGACGAUUUGUCCCACCAAUCUACCCAUCUUAUUUCUUUGAUUCACAGACAGUUCCCAAGCAUUUAUUGAAAGCCAAGAAAAAUGUACGCAACAUCUCAUUGGGCAAGUUUAAAAUAGUGUGAUAUCUCCUACUCGUCUAGUCACAGUAAACAUUGUCAAAUGCCAUACUAUGUCUUAAAAUUUCAUAUGUCACGCCGCAUUUUUUAAAUAUAACAUGUCACGCCAGAUAAUAAAAUAUGUUACAUCAUGUUCUGAAACGCCG